ACAAGACAACAAUCGACACUCCCAUUCAUUCAUUCAAGGAAAAUGUCUCUCACAACCACCGCCACCACAACCGCGGCCUCCGCCACCUCGACCUGCCACCAGCAGCUCUACGAGAUCCCCAUCAAGGACGCCGCCUGCGCCAUGCCCAGCACCGGCAACAACUCCGCCAUCAUGAGCAGCUGCUGCGGCGCCGCCGACGUCGUCUCCUACAGCAGCUGCGACUACUACUGUCUCGCCCAGGACCAGACCGUCCACACCCUGGCCGAGUGCCUCAUCAAGGCCUCCGAGGCCGGCGAGGUCUGGUGCAACACCGGCGCCAACGCGACCGCCACGGGCACCGUCCCGGCCACCGGGGCCGGGACCAUCGUGGCGACGGCGUCGGCGACGUCGUCUUCCUCCACGAAGAAGGGGAAGAGCUCCGGGACCGCGACGGGGUCGAGUGCGUCGAGCAGCUCGACUAGUGGGGGGAAUGUGGCUGUUGGUGUGAGUAAGAAGGCCGUGGGAGUGAUUGCGUUGUUGGUUGCUGGGGUUGUUGGGGGUGGACUGUUGUAAGGAGGGAGUUGCUUGGGUAGAUGAGGUGGUAUAUUAUUUGAAGAUGGGGAGAGGUUGAUUUGAUGAUGCGGAUGGGGUGGCGGAUAACAGGGAGGUUGGGCAUGAUGGUAUUCUUUGUGUUGCUGUAUUGUACAGUUCGUUCCUAUAAGAGGUUGUGCGAGCAAUCAAUAAUUGCAGCCACAGGAGGUCAAUUGAG